AAAAUUUGUCCGUCCUGCCGAGAACGUCCACAACGAUUUGUACGUGGCUGGGGGAUGAUGGGGUGUUGCAGCCGGGUACAUCUGGAGACCGAAAGACGGUGCGGGAGCGUUUCUGUGCCCGUGGAGAAGCAGCCAGACCUUCCCACGAUUCCCUCCGGGGAUCAACUCGCGUUGAAAUCGCAGCGGGCGGAGGGAAGAGGAAAUCGCUUCCAUCAAAGAUACCCGACUACGCCCCGCUAGCUUCUUUCGGCUGACUGGAACUCCGCCCGAAGCGACCAUUUGAACGUCAAGAAGGCAGCAAGAGCUUGAAGUUGCUAGCUAGGCAGGGAGCGCACCAACUUCGGAUUUAUAAGCGUGGCUCCCUUAACCCAACUUUAGAAAAUCGGUCCGCGUCUCCCUUUGCAAUCGUGCAUCUCCUCUUCCAGCCUUUUUCUGCAAGACCAUGGCCGACGACGCUGGUAGGUUCCGGAUCCUGGUGCAACUGGUACAGUACAACAGGGCCCGGCGGCUACCACGUGAACAUGCGUCCCUACCUCCUGCGACACUCUGUGAUACCUCUGCAAUGCUCCAGCUGCUUGGCGGAGCGUCAUGCAAGUGCUGUACACUCCAUGAGCAUGCACGGAACUGCCAAAGAGCUUAAAUACAGGAACCAUUUGGAUGGAAAUGAUACUUGUAAAAAAUCAGUUGAAACAUCUACUUUUCUACAUUUUUCGCUUAUUCCAUCAGUUGUCAUCAUUUUGAUUCUGGCAUGUCUUGAAAAGAGAAGAAAAAGAUUCUGGUUUGAUGACAGAUAUCCCAAAUGUCCAAGACGUUGUGGGUUACUGCUCCCAAUGGAGUUUCACAGCUCAAUCAACAACCGAUGGUCUUUGGCAUUUGCAUUUGGUGCUACUGCUGAUAAAGUCAUGUUUCUAUUUGAGAAUGACUUCUUUCCAGAGGGACUUCCUGAAUUGGCUAAAGUAUUUUGGAUCCUCCUCACGGCUUUUGAAGUGGGCAUCUCCUCAUACCCUUUCUUUGUUUGUCUUUUAACAAAACAUGAAGUUGUAGGAGCAAUCUUGGGAUUUCUUUACACAGCAGCUUGGGCAGUUGCCACGAUCUUCGACAUUUUAGACUGCCCCGGUGAUGAAGCUCAUUUUGGAACGUACAGUGACCCAAUUCUGAUGUGGCCAUCCGUGCUGUUCCUGUUCCUUCUGCUAGGACGUUUCCUUUGUAUUUUUGUGAGAGCAGUGAGAAAUUCAUCUGUACAGAACCAAAAUGACAAAGAUUCUCUUAUGGAAGAAUACCAGUCGCAGUAUGUCCAGCAAUUGCUGAGAAAACCUGUGCUUGGGAAUCCCAAGAAAAACUGGUUUCAGAGAAAGCUAUAUCAGUGGGACCCCUACUUUAAAUUCCCCACCAGAAUAAUCAGCACAAUUGUCAUUAUGUUCCUAUGUCUUUACAUGGAAUUUGGAUUGUUACUACUGUUGUUUCUUCUGCCACAUGCAUUGGAUAUGCAUUUAACAUCUUAGUCUGCUACAGAAGACAAAUUAAAUUGUUGAGAGCAGGCAAAAGGUACCUACUUGUGUCAGAAUCUAUGAAAGUUUCAUCUGCUCAAAGUGUGGAUAUCUAAUCAUGCAUUUGGUGCAGUGGUUAUUUGGAAUGAUACUUAUGUAUAUUUUGAUUUUACCCAUGAUACAUGGCG